GUGCUCGAGCAGGGAGCGAGCGCUAUUGAACAAGGAGAAAAGAGGUGAAAGAAAGGUACCUUUCGUCGGGAUUACGGUAUUGUUUUCUCGGUGGUGAGUAAAGAUGGUGGUUCCCGAGAAUGCCACUGAGAUACAGCCACUAGGUCACAGUGCUGUGACUGAGCUGGGAGGUGGGCCGGGUCCUGCAUUUGAGGCUGACCAGAAUCAGUCUGGGCCAGAACUGGAGGAGGUCCGCAAGCUGCAGGACCUGGUGAGGAGGUUGGAGAUCCAGAACCAGCAGCUCAGGAAUCGGGGAGGGAAGAGCAUAGGAGCCAACAGCAACCUUACAGUGGCAAGCAACAUAGAUGACAGGACCAUGGGGGACUUUACAUUAACUGAAGGGGUUGCAAACAAAACUGUCCCGUUACGGCCUGAUGGGAACAUUAACUUGAGCAGUACCAUCACAAACUUGGACAUGCACCUUCAUGACAGCAAUAGCAGCGUAGAUAAGUUGACCAACCUAGAGCAUGUCAGUGGCUUGGAGAUGGACCAGUGUUACAAUGUCAACAGCUAUUUGAACCUGCCAAGGAGUAAUGGCGAGGUGUCCUGUGACAAGGACUCGUCCACAACAGAGCUGACAAACUCUGACUUUGAAGGAGAUCUUGAUGCUGAGGAGAAACUGGACCAGUCGGCUCUGGACGAGGUGGAGGUUUUGAACCUGGAGGAUGAUGAGGAGGAGGAGGAUGAAGAAGAUAGUUGGUUGUACGUGUCUCCAAAGAAGAAGCUUUUAGCAGAGAGCCCUCUGAAGUGGUGUCGUCAGGUCCUGGACCACCACAGCCCAGAGACUGAAGCAGCUUGCCGCACCCUCAUGGGUCGCCUUGAUCAGACAAACCGGUGGAAGAACAUUUACAGCAGCCCAUCCCAGUGUGCUUCUAGCUCUACCUCAGAAGUGGGCUGUGCUAGCAAUGCCUUAAACUCUCCUGGGUAUCUCAAAUCGACUAACAAAACACUACUAACCUGUGGCAGCUCAGGCUACAUGAGCAUGCACCCUGCCCUGAGUUCCCAGUCCUCUGUUGACAGCGAGCAGAGCACCUCUGAUGAUUCCAUCUCAAUGGGAUACAAACUGCAAGACCUCACUGACGUACAGAUUAUGGCUCGCUUACAAGAAGAAAGCCUGCGUCAAGACUACGCCUCUAGCUCUGCCUCAGUGUCUCGACGUAGCUCCAGUGCCUCAUUGCACUCACUACGCAGGGGAGCUUACAGUGACCAGGAGUUUGAUACCUACAGUCUGGAGGAUGAAGAGGAGGAUUGCUCAUUGUCUUACCGCAGCAGCUACCGCUACUCCCCCUCCCCACUCAGCUCCCCUCGCUGCCAGUCUCCCAGUGCCAUGGCAGAGUACAGCAGAGCCACUGCCCCGCAUGCCCGACCCCCACGUAAAUCCCUUCAGGGACCUGCCCCUGGGCUGGUCAGAUUUGCCAAGCAUGAAGAUGACAUGCGGCGCAGCAUGCCCAACCUGGCCCGUACCAGCCUGCGCUCCCUGGAAGCAGUGAGGAACAGCCGCAGUGUAGAGUCCAACCUGCAAGGGCCUGGCAGCCGAAUCUCCCGCUUGCAGCACACCACCACAGGUUUGCCUUCCACUAAGCUGCGUGGCCUCUCUACUAGUAGCCACUUACCGUUGUCAGUCCGUGCACCUGUCAAAGCUGUGGGACAUGCAGGCUCUAUGGGGGCAUCCAGGCAGCCUCUGAAAGCAGCAGCUGUCUUAGGAGGCCCUUCUGGGGGGAUCUGCAGGGUUCAGUCACCCACCUGCUUCAGUUCAGGCUCCACAGGCGGAGUCUUGUCAACCAGCAGCACUGGAGUUGGGGGAAAACACACCCCUGGCCGGACUCGCACCUCUCUUGGGGGUCCCACAGGCUCGCCCAGGGGAAGGCUGCCCCAGCCAUCCCGGAGGUCGCUGGGCUUAACGAAAACCUGCAGCCCUGUCAGAGAUGAGUCCUGGAAGGAUGGAUGUUACUGAAAACCCAAAGAGCUCUUCCUGUUCUCCAGUGAACACAAAGAUACACAUCAGCAGCUCCUAUUGAAGCACAAACCCAGCGGGCUGGGCCACAAGCUCUGUGUCAGACACGAGAAAAUAUGCAUUCCUGCUUAACAGGAGACACUCUGGCUGGUAUUUUUAAACUCCAAAUAAUCUGUAUAUAAACAUCUCCACAUUUUCAGUCCCCAGAAGAAAAAGAUUGUGGACUUUUUAAAUUGUGCUUUGUUAGAGUGCUAGACUGUUGAGAUACAAAAUUUUAUGUCAACUAUGGAAGAUUUGUGGAAAACUUCUUUUCUGAAGCAGAAAUAAUUUUGUAAUCUCGAACAGAAAUUUUUAGUAAUCUUUUGCUACCAUGUAUAUAAGGAUUGUUCUUGAGGGUAAAUUAAAAAAAAUGUCCUUCGCUGCAGAGGUCACGUUUUGCUACUCCAAGUAAAAAUGUCAGCGUACUAUAUGAAAAUGCCAUCAAAUAGUGUCAUUUUGAUUCUAGUUUUAGUCUAGAUUGCUUCAGAGGAGAGAUGAAAGUAUGCUUACAAAUGUCUGUCCCUUUUUUAUUAUCACAAAUACAUGUUUCGCUAGCCAUGACAAUGCACUACUUUACUGUUAGCCACAAAGUCACCCUGAAUAACAUUUUUUUUAUAAAAAGAAAAAAAAAAAAAAACUUCUGUGUUUUUUGUUCAAGCCAAAUUAUACUAGAUCUCUGCACAUUGUUUGGUUUGAAAAGGGUUUGAAUCUGGGUGUAUACAGAGAUGUCUGUGCAUCUGUACAUUUUUGCAGGUGCAUAUGGUGAAUGUAGGUCUUGUUGAUCUACUUUUUCAUGAAACUGCCUAGUUAUAAUCAUGAGCAGAUACAUCUUUCUAACAUACUUUAAACUCUCAAAUGGCUUAUUUGUAGAAGCAGAAAAAAUACUGUAAUCCAAACUACAGAAGCAUACAGUUUUUGUGACAUAUCUGGGUUGAAUUGAACAUGCAGGCAUUUUCAAACUCUUGUAAAGUCAA